AUGCAAAAGCAGUUAGUCUCACUGGUGUUUUUCAGAAGCCCACACACACCACGAGCAGGGAGAAGUGCAGGGCAGCUACAGCACAGCACUUGGGCCGGUUACUCUUUUUGUCUCAACCAGGCUCUGCCACCCCAAGAGCUUGUCAAGAUGUGUGACAUGGGGGGGCUUGACAACCUGAUUGCCAACACAGCCUAUCUGCAGGCAAGGAAGAGUGGUGAUGGAGACACCAAGGAGAUGCAGAAGAGACGUAAGAGCCUCACACUGCCCAGGAUUGAUCAAUGCAGUGAGGUUAGACAGUCCGUUGUUGCUGAUUAUGACAGCAUCUGUGAGCAGCAGCCGAUUGGCAAGAAAAUCUUCAGAGACUUCUUGGAGACAGUGUCAGAAUAUUUGGUAGCUAGGGACUUCCUGGAUGAGGUGUCAAACUGGGAGUUGGCAGAGGACAAUAUCAAGAGCAGUACCAUGGAGAACAUGAUCACCAAUUUUCUUAAGGCAGGCUCCAAAAACUAUCUGGCUUUCAUGAGCUCUGACUUGGCCAGCAAAUGCCAGGCAGCUACUGCAAAAGACUAUGAGAGUAUCAUGCAGCUGGCCAAGGAGGAAACCAAACUCUUCCUUAAAGGCAAGCCCUUCCAGGACUUCCAAACCAGCCCCUUCUAUGACAAAUUCCUCCAAUGGAAAGUUUUUGAGAAGCAGCCAGUAACUGAGAAAUACUUCUAUGAGUUCCGAGUGCUGGGCAAAGGUGGCUUCGGAGAGGUUUGUGCCAUCCAGGUGAAAAAUACUGGCAAGAUGUAUGCCUGCAAGAAACUGGAUAAGAAAAGGUUGAAAAAGAAAAGUGGAGAGAAGAUGGCACUACUGGAGAAAGAGAUCCUGGAGAAGGUCAACAGCCCUUUCAUAGUUACACUAGCUUAUGCCUAUGAGAGCAAAAGCCAUCUGUGUCUUGUCAUGAGCCUCAUGAAUGGAGGGGAUCUGAAGUAUCACAUCUAUAAUGUGGGAGAAAGGGGUUUGGAAAUGAACAGGGUCAUCUAUUACUCAGCUCAGAUCACUUGUGGGAUUCUGCAUCUCCAUUCCAUCAAGAUUGUGUACCGGGACAUGAAACCAGAAAAUGUCCUCCUGGAUGAUAACGGUAAUUGCAGACUGUCUGAUCUUGGGUUGGCAGUGCAAGUCAAAGAGGGAAAAAGCAUCACUCAGAGG